AGACUCCUUUUCCGCCAAGCACACCCACCCAACUCUCCUCCUCCUAAACCUUCCCUCCUUUUUCUCACAUCAAAACAGCCUAUUUUCUUGCAUGGAGCCUUCCCUUCCACUCACCAUCAACGCUACCAUUAAGCUAGGUAAGACAACCUACGACGACUUUCUGCUUAUUUCCUUGUCUCUCAUCCUCGGAAGCGUAGUCGCCAAGUCUUUUACAUCAUAAAACCUAGCUUUCCCCUCACCAUAUUUCUCCCAUUCACAAUCUAAACGACGACGACAACAACAACAACAACAUGGGAUAUCAUCAUCUUCCUCAGGAGCAUCAUCAUCAUCAGCUUCCCAUGGAGGAGAUUACAAGCCCCUUAAGUACUGCACAACUUCUUGAGUUUUGUGAGUCGGAGCUGUUCCCGGAGACGGCGGUGCAAAUUUCCGAGGUGGGUUCCAGCUCCAAUUGUUGUUACGAGGAACAUUCGUCGCAUUCCACGGGUCUUUCCGCCCACACUCAAGACAUGAGUAAGUUCACCGGCGGAGCUGAAAAGAACGACGAAAUCGCCACUAACGCGGCGGCGGUGGGGAUUAACGAACCGGCCAACGGCGGCGGCGCUGCCAACAAUAAUAACAACUUGUCCGUCUUUUUUGACCCGCAAGAAGACGACAUUUCGCGUACUAUAGACUUUAUCCCCGACGACGUCGACUUCUCCAUCCCGCCGCAGUUCCUCCUCGACGGCCAGUUCGACUUCUCGCUGCUCAACGGCCAGGGCCCCGUCCCGGGCGGCCAGUACCCGCCGGAGCAGCUCAUUCCGCCACCCCUGCCUCAACAACCGUACGAGGAAGAAUGCUUGCCGUCUGUUCCUUCUUACAUGCCGUCCUGUUCAAUCCUCGACCCCACCACCAUCGGAAACUACCUCCCCGCUGAAAAUUCCGGCAUCUUCACCGGCGCCGCCAUGUUUCAGCCUCAAGAACUGGACUUUCAAGUAGACAAUGGCAGACUUUUUUGCCCUGACACCAUCUCACGGGCUUACAACUUCUCCAAUGACCUUCAGGCAGUAAGCAGUGAAAGCCAACACCUCAGCACUUCGACGCCAUUGGCAUCAGAGAUCACAAGCUUAGAGGAUUCCACCUUCAAAGUGGGAAAGCUUUCUGUUGAGCAAAGGAAGGAGAAGAUCCAUAGGUACUUGAAGAAAAGGAAUGAGAGGAAUUUCAGUAAGAAGAUCAAGUAUGCGUGCCGGAAAACUCUGGCGGACAGCCGGCCACGGGUGAGGGGAAGAUUUGCGAAAAACGAUGAAAGAGGCGGCGGCGGCCAUGGCACGCCGGAGGAGGAAACCAUUACUGAAGAUGUUAGAAUGAGUCUCCUCUACGAUCCAAAUCAGGCGGCGGCGCUGCAGCAGGCUCACAACGGCGGCGGCGGCGGCGGCGGCCGGAUUUUCGCCGCCAAUUGUCUGCCGCCGCCCGCCAAUCCUUACGAGAUGUGCACCACUACUUUGUACUGCACGGACAGCCAGAUGCGUUCAAGAUGAUCCAGAAAUGUCCGCCGCCGGCCGGCGGGCAAGUGCCGAUGAUCCUCCGGGAGAAUUCAAGAACCAGGAAGAAACGAUUAAGAUUGUUUUUUUAUGGAAAUUUUGAAUUGUAUUCGAUCUUUACACCUUUUUUCAACGUUUUUUUUUGUCGGAUUUGGGAUCAUAUGUAUAUAUACGAUGGAUGAUCAAUCAGGCAGCUUGCAUGGUUUUCUUA